UUUUUAUUCUUCAGCGCCUUUGUAUCUUCAAAAUGAUUGGAGUAUUAAUAUUAAAAUGUGAUACAAAUUCUGAACGUUUUGGACAUCUUGUCAACAAUUUCUUGCCUCUGCUGUACCGUGAAAUGAGCGACUCUUUAAGAAUAUCAGAAGAAAAAAAUAUAAAUGAAGACUUGCAAAUAUUGGCAUCUGAAGUUGGAAAUCUUUUUAGAAAACAAUUGGGAGACAGAGAAUAUUCAACACAACUUGCCAAAUGUCAACGGGAAAAAGAUGAACGAAAGCAGAAGAGAAGGGAACAAGCAAAGGCAAUGUUAAUUUUAAAUCCAUCAACAGCAAUUACAAUUAAACAAAAAAGGCAUUUACGUAAAAGAACAACAAAAAUGAGAAAAAUGGAUGAAAUUAAGCCUUAUAGAGCCUUCAAGAGGAGGAGAAGAGAGGAAGCUUUGCAAAGGAUAAGAAGUGAGGAAGUUUAA